CAUAUAUAUAUAGUGGUGAGAAUUAGGGCAAGGCAUAAUAAUGGGCCAUCACUGCUGCAGCAAACAGAAAGUGAAGAGAGGUCUUUGGUCUCCAGAAGAAGAUGAGAAACUAACUAGACACAUCACCACCCAUGGCCACUCCUGCUGGAGUUCUGUCCCUAAACUAGCCGGAUUACAAAGGUGUGGAAAAAGUUGCAGGCUGAGGUGGAUAAAUUACUUAAGGCCAGAUCUGAAAAGGGGUUGUUUUAGCGAGCAAGAAGAGAGAACCAUAAUUGAUGUUCAUAGAAUCUUGGGAAACAGAUGGGCACAAAUAGCCAAACAUUUACCUGGUAGAACUGAUAAUGAAGUCAAGAAUUUCUGGAAUUCUGCCAUAAAAAAGAAGCUUAUUGCUCAAGGCUUUGAUCCAAACACCCACAACCUUCUCUCUCGUAAUCAUCACCAAAACAACCAGAUCAAAAGCAGCUGCUGCAAACCCAAGACUUGUAAUCAUCCAAAUUCCACCUCUGUUUUCACUAAUUUAUCAUCAAGGAAACAUGUAAUUUCCAUGGACAUUAUCAAAGCAAGUCUCGCAGCAUCAAUAUUGCCUCCUAUUGCUACUACGACAACAAUAACUCUGCCUCACUCCCAAACAAAUCCAUGUAAAUCCUCACUCACCACUACUACUUACAAUUAUAUGAAUCCCAUUUGCCUUCCCACCACCACGAAUAUUGAAAACUCAAACCUUGCCACCAUUGAAUAUCAUCAAAACCAGACUAGUUCCAAUAAUUUAUUGUCAUCUUCUUCUUCCUUAACUCCAUCAGGGUUUGGAAUUAUAAAUGACAAUUGCAUGUGGGAUGUUGAACCGCAAUUCAAUGGAAAAGAAGAAAUGCAAUUAGUACAGCAACAAGGAGCACAACUACUUCAGCUUCAGGAAAAUAUUUGUCAAGAACAAGUCUACAAGGUUAAUCAUGAGUUCAACAACAAUGGACAAAUGGCGGAGAAUGUUACAUUUGACAACUCUAACUUCGAUUUUGAGUUUGUGGAUUCUGCACUCAUGCCUUGUGAAAUUUACACUAACGUAAAUUCCAUAGAUCAACUUGCAUGGGAUUGUUAAUUACUAGUUGACUUCUACAGAUUUUUUUUUAUAGCUUUCAGUAUAUAUACCACGUACGGCUGCAUGUUAUUUCUGUUGCAUUAUCAUGUUCGAAUUAAUAGCAGAAUUGUUUCUUAAAGAGAAAAUGGUAUUUGUAAUAUUUGGCUACCAUUGUUUUAGUGUACAUAUACAGUGAGCUAUUUCAA